AUCUAGAUAUAGUGACAGUUCAAGAUUGCUGCACAGUGCACACCUUGGUCAUUCCAAGCUCUCUCUACAAGUACAUAGGCCCCUAGGCUUGUCCUCUCUACUUUCAUCUCUCUUUGUUAUUCAGAAAUUCAAAUAUGGCUGAUAAGAUAUAUGGAAUUGGGAGGAACAUUAUUGUGAAGAAAAAUGAAGAACAAGAAGCUGCCAAGAAGGAAUUCAUAGAUUGCUUCAAAUUGUUGGAGGAGCAUCUGGGAGACAGGACUUGUUUCGCAGGAGACAAGCUUGGCUUUGUUGAUAUUGCACUUGUUCCAUUCUACACUUGGUUUAAAGCCUUUGAGACCUUUGGCAAAUUCAGCAUAGAGAGCGAGUUCCCCAAACUUAUUGCUUGGACCAAGAGAUGCCUGCAGAAAGAGAGCGUUUCAAAGUCUCUACCUGACCAACAUAAGGUCUAUGAGUUCGCUGUCGACAUGAGAAAGAAAUUAGGCGUUGAGUAGGUUAGAGGCUUAAUGGCCAUAGUGAAGUACUUGUCUGUUGCUUGUCGCCUGCUUCACCUUUAUGUUGAAUAAUUUUGAAAUAAAGGGCACCUUUGUGUAGAUAUGCCUAAAAUGCAUGUUUUCUGUGCGGUUAUGUAGGUUUUGAAAAUCUUCAGAUGCAUCUUUGAUGUGUUUAUUGCUUCUGUUAUCCUCUUCUAUUCACCUAGUGUCACUGUCUAUCAUACAACAGCAGCAAAAGCCUUUUCUACUAAGUGAGGUAGGCUAUAUGGAUCGGACUAUGCCAUUCAGCUCGCUCAAAAACCAGGUUUUGAGCUAUAUGAAACUUUUUAUAAUGCAACUGGUUUGGCUUUCUUUGUGAAGUAGUAACAGAAAGGGAUGAAGAAACAAACUUGGCUUACAACCCUCAUCAUUUAUCAGAAGAAACUAAAAUUAGCUAGGAUAUAUUUUCUAAUAUGUCACACUCCCGGUCAAGACUUGGAUGAUGCCAGAUCGCGGGCAUUAAUCCCGCCUUUAACCUCUGUU